AUGUCCGAUAAAAGUUCAUCUAAAAAUCUAGAAAAAUUACCAACCAAUAUUAAUAAAUCCAUCGAUAUUCUUGAUUCUAAUUCACCCAUUUCAUCUCUUUUAACAAAUAUCAAAAAGCCACUGUCUAAAAACAAACAAAAAGAAUUAUUAAAACAAUCUCAGCACAACGAAGCAGUAUUACAUUCAUUUUCAGAGUUUUAUUCUCAACAGUAUGGCGAAGAAAGAUGGAAAUCUUUAUUUCAAGCACUUUCAAAACCCAUUAAACACGUUGCAAUGAUAAAUAAUUUUGCAAAUUUAAAAAAUGUUGACAUGAUUUUGGAUCCUACAAUUCAAAAUACUUUUUCAAAUUUUGAAAAUGAGAAAAAUAUUGAAAGAGAAAAUUAUCUUGAAAAAGUAAAAUUUCUUGAUUUACCUUGUUAUUCAAGUUCAAAAAGAUUUUUAUCACCAUUUAGAGAUGAGAAUGGAAUAAUGGUUCAUUACCUUUUAGAUGCCACAUCGAUUAUGGCAGUCAAAGCACUUCAAGUGAAACCUACAGAUAAUAUACUUGAUUUAUGCGCAGCACCCGGUGGAAAAUCUCUCGUAAUUUUGCAAUAUUUAUUAUUAAAUUCAAAAAAAGACGAAAGAAAUUUUGGUGGUGGGGAUAUUUUUAGUAGUGGGUUCCUUACAUCAAAUGACAUCUCUGAUUUCUCAAAAUGGAAAGUAUCAAAAUCUAAAAUCAAUUCAAAGAGGCAAUAUAUGAUAUUAUUAGAUGCAGUUAAAGGGUUACAUGUUGGUGGUAUUUUAGUUUAUGUAACUUGUUCUAUUAAUAAAUUUGAAAAUGAUGAAGUUGUGAAAAAUAUUUUGAAAAAUAGUUGGGUACCUUUAGAAGAAAUAGGUGAAAAUUAUAAGUGGGAAAUUGGUGAAAGGACGGAGAAAGGAUGGAUUAUAUUGCCGGAUAAGUGUGAUGGAUGGGGACCUUUAUAUUUCGCUAUACUUAAAAGGGUUGGUGAUGGUAAUUUUAGAAAGAAAGGAUUCAAAAAGAUUGAUAGAAAUUCUAGAUUUGAAAAAGAAAAAGGUCUAUACAUUGAUGAUGAAUAUAACGAAGAUGAGUUGGAUUAA